CUUUUUUCCAUGGCACACUUUUUUUCCGUGUGCAAAAGAAAGCACACAGCUUUCAUCCGACAUAUUCACUGAGCUCAUUGGAUAUCAGGACAGCUGAAGUCCUGAAUCAUGAGAGGAAGAUGCCUCGGGACAAACUGAUAACCACAGAAGAAGACAGUGACAAGGAACACGAUUCUAUAAAUCCAGAGAAACAUGAGCGGGUGAAAGUCAGAGGAAAGAAGAAGAAUAGCAACAGGGAAAAAAAGAAGGGAGAAUUAAAGAAGAAGACACCAAGAAAGGUUGAAGAGGAGACGGUGGAGGAGGAAUCGGAGAGAAAAGAAAGAGGCAAGAGGAGGAGAGCAAAGAAUGAUGAACAUAAAAGUAUGAAUGAAAGAAAGGAACUGGAAGUUCAAGAAAGUGUGGCAAAGACUGCAAAAAAGAAGAAAUUAAAAAAUGACCAAGUAAAGCAAAAAGUAAUGGAGGUGACCGAAGUUAAGGAUAAAAAUGCCAAGAGGAAGAAUAAAAAAGAACAUGCUAGAAAAGAAGAGAGAAAAGUUAAACUUGAAGUAAAAGAAAAGCCACCAGAGGUAAAGAAGAAAAAGCCCAAGAAAGUAAUUGAAACAAGUUCAGAGCAAGAGACAAGCGAGGAAGACACCAAUGAGGAAGAUGAUAGCAAUGAGGAAGACUUGAGUCCAGAGUAUCUGACAGUUGAGGAGCUACAGGAGCUAAAAGAGGAAGUGGACGAGAGGAAGAAACUGAUCCAAAGUCUUCGUGGGAAGCCAUGGCUGAUGAAAAAGAAGCUGAUGAGUUUACGGGAGUCUCAGGAGUUUGUGGAGAAGUAUGAAGGUGCUUUGGGCAAAGGGAAAGGUAGGAGGUUCUACGCAUACAAGGUCAUGAUGACCAAGAAAUGGAUGAAGUUUCAACGGGACUUUGAAAAUUUCAAAACGGCAUGCAUCCCGUGGGAGAUGAAAAUCAAGGAGAUUGAAAGUCACUUUGGCUCUUCCGUUGCCUCCUACUUCAUCUUCUUGAGGUGGAUGUAUGGCAUCAACAUGAUCUUGUUUGGACUGACCUUUGGCCUGGUCAUGGUGCCAGAGGCGUUGAUGGGGAGGCCCUAUGGCAGCAUCCCAAGAAAGACUGUCCCUAGGGCUGAAGAAGGGAGCGCAAUGAACUUUGCUGUCUUGUGGGACUUUGGGGGUUACGCCCAGUACUCUGUCCUCUUCUAUGGUUACUACAAUGACCAGCGUUCCAUCGGCUGGCUCAAGUUCCGUAUGCCUCUGUCUUAUUUUUUGGUUGGAGUGGGCACAGUGGCCUACAGCUACAUGGUGGUCAUUCGAACGAUGGCCCGGAAUGCAAACGAGACCGGUGUUGGAGAUGAUAACAGCUUUAAUUUCAGCUGGAAAAUGUUCACAAGCUGGGACUACCUGAUUGGGAACACCGAAACUGCAGAUAAUAAAUUUGCCUCCAUCACCACCAGUUUCAAGGAGGCCAUCUUAGAAGAGCAAGAGAGCCGAAAAGAUGACAACAUCCAUUUGACGCGCUUCCUGCGGGUAAUGGCCAACUUCCUGGUCUUGUGCUGCUUAGCAGGAAGUGGAUACCUUAUUUACUUUGUCGUGCGGCGUUCUCAGAAGUUUGCCUUGGAUGGACUGGAGAACCACAGCUGGUGGGAACGAAAUGAGGUAAAUAUGGUCAUGUCAUUACUGGGGAUGUUUUGUCCCAUGCUGUUUGACAUCAUUAGCACCUUGGAGAACUACCACCCUCGAGUCGCCCUGCAGUGGCAGCUGGGGCGCAUCUUUGCCCUCUUUUUGGGAAACCUAUACACCUUCAUUAUUGCACUCAUGGAUGAGAUCAACCUCAAAAGGGAGGAGGAAAAAAUCGUAAAGUUCAAUAUAACUCUGUGGGAAGCAAGUCUUUACAAUGGCACGGAAAACAGUACUGCGCUACCUGCUGUUGAUCCCGCUGAUGUGCCUCGCGGGCCAUGCUGGGAGACCAUGGUGGGACAGGAGUUUGUGCGACUCAUCAUAUCUGAUACCAUGACAACCUACACCACAUUGCUUAUUGGUGAUUUCCUGAGAGCUAUGCUUGUUCGUUUUCUCAACUACUGCUGGUGCUGGGACCUGGAGGCUGGAUUUCCAUCGUACUCUGAGUUUGAUGUUAGUGGGAAUGUCCUUGGCUUGAUCUUCAAUCAAGGAAUGAUAUGGAUGGGUGCCUUCUACGCUCCUUGCCUGCCCGCCUUGAAUGUCCUCCGCCUCCAUGUCUCUAUGUACCUUCAGUGCUGGGCCGUCAUGUGCUGUAAUGUGCCGCAGGAAAGAGUCUUCAAGGCGUCUGGCUCCAAUAACUUCUACAUGGCCAUGUUACUGGUCAUCCUCUUCCUGUCUACCUUGCCUGCAAUGUACACCAUUGUCACAAUCCCUCCGUCUUUUGAUUGUGGACCCUUCAGCGGCAAGAAGCGGAUGUUUGAUGUGAUCCAUGAAACUCUGGAGUCAGAUUUCCCAGCCUGGUUUGGAAAGGUGUUUAGUUAUGCCUCGAAUCCUGGACUGGUGCUGCCCUUCAUGUUACUCAUGGUGCUGGCCAUUUAUUACUUGCAGUCCACUUCCAAAAGCUACAAAGAAGCAAACAUUGAACUGAAGAAAAAACUACAGGCGCAAAAUGAAGAGAACAAGAAAAAGAACAAACUCGCUGCAUUGAAGGCGGCCUUGGAUUUGCAAGAGGCCAGAAAAAUUGCAUCAGAGGCUGAAGACAAACAAGGCCAUGAAAACGUGGAGGAAAACCGUACCAGAGGGCAGAGGUCACAUCAUGACAAGAAUGGACGCAACUGUCCUGCUAUCAAAGACCAAAUGCUUCCAGCCACCAGAGCCACUGCCUCCAGAAGGUAUCACCAUAGCAACAACGAGGCUUCUGGGUAUCUGCCUGGUUUGCCUCUGCAAAGUGACCAGAAGGUGCACAGGGUGCCAAGCCUGAGGAGACACCAAGCACUUUACUGAGAAAAAUCACAUUGUUGUCAGUGUAUACGUGUUGUUUUGCAUUAAGCGUAUGUACUGUACAUAUUACAUAAUGUUCUGAUUGCGUAUCACAAUGGCAGUGUAGUAUUACGUCACUGUGUCAGCGGGAAAUGCUGUGCUAACAUUUUUACAGAUUUUGGAACACAUUUUGCACACAUAAGGCGCACCGGAUUAUAAGUGCCUCGUAGAUUUUUGAGACAAUUAAAGGCUUUUAAGUGCGCCUUAUAGUGUGGAAAAUAUGGUAUUACUUUAUCAUUUUGAGUUGCUAAUGAGUGCUGAAUCAGCACGUAACCAUUAGUUACUUCUUUGGGUACCUUAAAGUGAGACAUCAAAAGUGAGUAGUCAAUGAGUACUGAAUCGCCAACUUCUCAUUUGUUACUUUUUCUGUGUACUUAAAGUGUGACAUCAAAACACGUAAUUAAUGAGUAAAUAAUCAAUACUUAAUCAUUACUUAUUUCUUUUGCGUAUUUAAAGUGAGACAUCAAAAAGAGCAGGUAAUGAGUAUGGACUCUGUACUUCAUUAGUUACCCUUUUUGUGUACCUUAAAGUUAAGUGAGUCAUUAAAAAGGGCAGGUAAUAAGUUAGUACUACAGUACUGAAUCAGUACUUAAUCAUCGGUUACCCUUUGCGGAUUACAACAUUUUCAUUUUCACAAUGGCACUUGCUCAAUAAGUUGUUUUUAAAUAAGUUAACUUAUUCUCAUUUGAUCUAUUUUACUUUAUUUUAUAUUGUGUCUUGCCCAUUGCAAAUGAUUGUUUCCUCCAUGUCUCUAAAAUCCAAUCUUCUAGAAUUAUUGUGUGCAUGUGUAUUUGCAUGCGCAUGUGCAUGUGUAUGUGAAUGUGUGUGUGUGUCCCACUUGUGUUCCAAAUGUUCCUUGUUUUUUUAUCAUGCCAGGCACUCUGAACUGCCGUGAUCAUGAAAAGUGCUAUACAAAUAAA